AUGUCGAGUUCUCAAAGACGAUCUAGGCGUGGUAGUGGAAUUUCAAAAAGUCAAAGAAAAAAACCUUACUAUAAGAAAAAAAAUAAUAUCGCAGCAUUUCAACCAGGAAUAUCCGGAGUCUUUGUUAGUUGCGCAAAGAAUAAGGAAGAUCUUUGUAUAAGAGAAUGCUAUGAUUUAUUCGACGUAUACGCAGACUUAAUUUACAAACAUGAUGAUUUGACAGAUGUUGUAGAUGAUAAUGAAGCGAAUAAAGCAAUAGAUGAUGAUAAAGCAAUAGAUGAUGAUAUUGAAAGCUCUAUUGCUAAAGAACUCGCACAAAUGAAGCGACCACAUACAUCACGUAGAUUUGCAUCAAUUCAAACGGGAACAGAUUGUGAUCCAGUUCAAUUAGUUCACUAUAUAUUGACCGAUUUAAAUAAUACUAAGCAAAAGAAAACGAGGUGGGAGAUUGAAUCGCUUUUUUCUACCGAAGUAGUGCUGUAUCCUCAUUUUCAUAAACAGGGACAAGAUCAGCAACAAAAGAUAAAGUACGCCAUAAUUCCAAAUACUCGAAAUAACAAUAAAAUAGACAGAAUGGAAUUGAUUCAACAGAUUGCAAGUGUUGUUGGUGAUUAUCAUGUUGUCAAUCUUGAUAAACCAGAUUUGGUUAUCAUUGUUGAAAUUUUUAAGAGUGUAUGUGGGAUUAGCGUUCUUUCUGACUAUAAGACAUUGAAGAAAUAUAAUCAACAAAUCGGUAAAGAAGUGCAGCAGCUUGAUGACUACACACAAAAAGACAUACCAAAAGAUAUACGAGGGGAGCUAGAUGAAGAAAAUAA